CUAAACCUUAAGACAUAAUACAUAUGCUUGUGUUUAUGAAUGAUUUCUGAUUGGACUUGGUACUGAAAGCCCAACAAAUAAAGGCCCAACUCAAGAUUAGGGGUAAUCAGUCUUCCAUCACUUUCCAGAAUCUUCAGCCAGCCAACCCCCAUUUCUCCUCUCUCUCUCUCUUACCUGCUACAGUGCUACUGUUCUUUCUAGUGGCUCUGUCCACAUCAGUGGCAUCUAUGCACGACUCUGUCGCCUCUCUUCUCUAAAUCAUGUGUGGUCUCCUUCAUCGGCAGUGACCUUAUGCUGCUCCGCCGUAUUAAGAGCCUCCUCCGCCAUGACGUACGUGAGCGCCACCUUCUCUGUUCGCAUCUCAUCCUUGCCUUCCCAAGGUAAGACUGCCGCUAUGAGUGGUGGUGGCUUGGCCACGAUCGGGCAGACGCGACGUAAACCUCCGCCACUUGUUCGAAGAUCUCCGACGCCGUUACCUCUGCUCUGAUCUGCGUCCUCCACCUUCCUCUUCGCGACGGCGCCGUCCUCGGCGCCGCUGUUGGUUGUGCGUUGCGCGCCACCGUCGCGUGGACUGAUUCUGCCUCCAUGGACGUCAUCGGCUUCCUCCAAUUGCAGAUAUAGAAUGUCUAUGUCUUGUUUUGUGGGUGUGUUGCUGGUUUUGUGAAAUUGAGAACGCUUUGGAGGCUCCUCGCCGGUUUCGUCGCUAAGUCGCCGUCAAUCGUGGUAGCUGGAGGCAGAACAGUCACAUUCACCGCACAUCAUAAACCCAGAGGCGCAGGUCGUCCGUGGUUCGUCAUCCUCCACCGCCGUUCAUCUGUGCCACCUUCCUCCUUGGCGCUCAUCCUUGACGCCGCCUUCCUCCUCCUCAGCGGUCAUCCACAACGCCGCCUUCAUCUUCCUCGUCGCCGUUCGUCCACAUCAGCGUUGCCGUUCGUCAGCGCCGAAAACAUACCUAAGGUUUGGAUGGGUCUGUGUUUAUAAUGUGCACAUAGUAUUUUUAUAUUUUAAUUAGUUUCUAAAUAAAAUCAAGUGAAUGAACAAUCUUGAUUUUUAAAACCCUAGCCACCUUUAGUCACCAAAAAAACCCUAGCCACCUUUGACGUUUUUGCAGGCAAAUUCGUGGGUUUGUUUGAGGACUGGAAGCUAAAGGUGCUCACAAAAAUUUGACGUGGCAUUACGAGACUACAUAUAAAUACACAGAAUAACAUAAUAGACUGUGUGUGUGAAAGAGAUGAACUGAGUUAGAACCAUAUCUCAAGGAAGGAAAUGGAGAAUGCAACAACCAAUUCUCCAUGUGAAGAGGAACCAAAACAAGAUGAGCAUGCAUCUGCACCACAGGCACAAGAAGCAGGAGGAUGGAGAUCAGUCUACUACAUUAUUGGUAAUGAGUCGUUCGAAAAAUUGGCAUCAAUGAGUUUGAUAUCGAAUCUGACGAUGUACCUGCUAACGAGGUACAAUUUGAGUGCAAUAUUUGUGGUGAAUGUGGUUCAAAUUUGGAAUGGAUCAUCCAAUGUUGCAUCCAUAAUCGGUGCUUUCAUUUCUGAUACUUAUUUGGGAAGGUUUCGCACCCUCUUAUUUGGCUCCAUUGCAUCACUUCUGGGUAUAUUGAUAAUGACCCUAACAGCAGGUAUACAUCAAUUGAGGCCUGCUAACUGCACUGAUAGGCCACAUUGCCAGUGGCCACAACCGUGGCAGCUUGGUAUACUCUUUUUCGCCCUCGCCAUGUUAUCUGUUGGCGCAGGUGGAAUUAGGCCGUGCAACAUUGCAUUUGGUGCUGACCAAUUCGAUACCAAAACAGAGAAAGGCAGGGCACAAUUGGAAAGUUUUUUCAAUUGGUGGUACUUCACCUUCACCAUUGCACUUGUGAUCGCGCUAACCGGCGUUGUCUACAUUCAAACCAAUGUUAGCUGGACCUUAGGAUUCGCCAUUCCAACACUCUGCCUUGCUUUCUCAAUAGCAAUCUUCUUAAUCGGUCAGCACACUUACAUUCGAAAGAAGCCUCAGGGGAGUGUCUUCUCUGAUAUGGCAAAGGUGAUCACUGCAGUGUGUCGAAAGUGCAAGCUUAAGACCUCUGAUAGAACACGUUACUAUGAUCCUGGUCCAUCAGAAUUGGACCACAACAAUGUUAGGCUUGUUCGUACAGAUAGGUUCAAAUUUCUUGAGAAGGCUGCUAUAAUUUCUGAUCCUAGUGAGUUGAAUGAACAAUUGAAACCGAAAAAUGUUUGGAGGCUUUGUAGCUUGCAGCAAGUUGAAGAAUUAAAAUGCUUAUUGGGAAUUCUACCAGUUUGGGUGACAGGAAUAUGUUGCUUCAUUGUAAUGGAUCAGCAGAACACAUUUGGUGUUCUUCAAGUUAUUCAAACAAACAGAUCAAUUGGGAAACAUUUCAAAGUUCCACCAGGUUGGAUGAACUUGGUCUCAAUGGUAGCACUUUCAAUUUGGAUCUUCAUCUACGAAUGCAUCUACAUUAGAGUGACAAAGAAAAUUAACAAAAAGGCUACUCGGUUAAGCAUGAGCCUAAGAAUCAGAAUUGGGAUUCUUUUGUCAAUUUUGUGCAUGCUAGUGGCCGCAAUUGUUGAGCAGAAGCGCCGUGACUCAGCUUUGAGAGCAAAAUCGUUUACUUCGCCGAUGAGCUUUGCAGUGCUGCUGCCACAGUUUGCACUGUCGGGUCUCAAUGAAGCCUUUGCUGCUGUGUCCAUAAUGGAAUUCUUCACCACGGAGAUGCCCGAGAGCAUGAGGACUGUGGCUGGUGCUGUUUUCUUUCUGAGCUUGUCAAUUGCAAACUACUUAGGAUCAUUGAUUGUGAACAUUAUCCAUAAAGCUACAUCACAUGGUGGGAGAAAUUCAUGGCUUGGUGGGAAUGAUUUGAAUGACAAUAAGCUUGAUUACUACUAUUAUCUAAUUGCUGCACUUGGUGUUUUGAAUUUUGUUUACUUCAAUUUCUUUGCUAGCCAUUUCUUGGGUAAAAAACCUAGCAAUGAUACAAAAAAGGUGCAGCCAAAGAAUUCAAUACCAAACCAGCAGAAUGGAGAGCCACCUCAAGAGAAGGUAUUUGACAUAACAAUUGAUCCAAGAUGAAAGAGGGAACAUGAUCAUGCUAAUUUGAUACAUUUUAUUUUAUUGUUGUUUAGUUUAGGUGUGACUGUCACAAUCUUUUUUGCCUUGAACACUUUGUUGUGCUAAUUAUGUGUGGUAUAUUGCAGAUCAUAAUUUAGAUUUAGAUAUCAAGUUUGAUGAA